CUGUGGCGGCGACCGGCGCGGAGGGAACCCGAGCGGGCGCGGCCGAGGGAGCGCGGCGGAGAGCGUCGGCCCCAGGGCUGCCCGGGGCCCGAGGCCCAGCGCGGGGAGGCUCCGCGGCGGCCCGGCCCCUGCCUGCUGCUCGCACCUGCUGCCCGUUCGUGGGGCGUCCCAGCCCUGCCGCUGGUUCGCCGCGGAGUUUACAGCUCCGAGCGUCCUCUUCGCAGCUGAGGAGCCGGGACGGAAAGCCACGUGUGGGGUUCAGCGGCCAGGAUCGUUCAGCUGCUGUGGGCGGCAGUCUGCUGCGGCAGGAGUGUGACCAUCACGUUUCAUCCCCUGGAACUACCAGGAAGGAAAGACCCAACCGACCCCAGCAUCCGCCUCCACAGCGAUGUCGGAGCUCAGCGAUGAAGCCAGUGAGCCAGAGCUGCUGAACCGCAGCUUGUCCAUGUGGCAUGGGCUGGGCACGCAGGUCGGCCGGGAGGAGCUAGCUGUCCCCCUGGAUCUUCACACAGCGGCUUCCAUCGGCCAGUACGAGGUGGUGAAGGAGUGUGUGCAGCGGAGAGAGUUAGAUUUGAAUAAGAAGAACGGUGGUGGCUGGACCCCGCUGAUGUAUGCCUCCUACAUUGGACACGAUACCAUCGUGCACCUCCUGCUCGAGGCGGGGGUCAGUGUGAAUGUGCCGACCCCGGAAGGGCAGACUCCACUGAUGCUGGCUUCCAGCUGUGGCAACGAGAGCAUCGCCUAUUUUCUUCUCCAGGUGAGCUGCGAGGGCCUCAGGCCGCUCGGCAGAGAGGGAACCACGCAGCGCGCUUGGCAAGGUGCUGAGCUGGAAAUGAAGGACAUUCAGGGCUGGACUGCCCUCUUCCACUGCACCAGUGCUGGGCACCAGCAGAUGGUCAAGUUCCUUUUGGACAGUGGAGCGAACGCCAACGUGAGGGAGCCGGUGUAUGGAUUCACUCCGCUGAUGGAAGCUGCGGCCGCCGGCCAUGAGAUCAUCGUGCAGUAUUUUCUGAAUCAUGGAGUCAAAGUGGACACGAGAGACCACAGUGGAGCCACAGCCCGGAUGCUGGCCAAGCAGUACGGACACAUGAAGAUCGUGGGACUGAUCGACGCCCACUCACCGUCUCUGCCCAAGAGCCUCUACCGGAGCCCAGAAAAAUACGAAGAUCUGAGUUCUUCAGACGAGUGUGUCCCUGUCCCUCAGCGACAGAGGCCCUGCCGCAAGAAGGGGCUCAGCAUCCACGAGGGGCCACGAGCCCUGGCCCGCAUCACAGCCAUCGGACUCGGGGGCCGGGCGCAGCAGCCUUGCUACGAGCAGGUGCCUCCGCAGGGCUACGUCAGCUUCAACAGCAGCGACGAGCACCCCCUGGAGGGGGGCGGCCUGUGCUACAGGGACGUCACCUCACCCAUCAACGAGCGGGAUGUGGAGAGCAGCAGCAGCAGCAGCCGAGAGGAGCAGGCCUUCUCUGCCAACCCUGUUGCGCGGAGCAGCAGCAGCGAGGGCCUGGCCCGGGCCCCGGGACUCAGCAGCGAGGCCUCCCUGGAGAGCAACGAGGAUUCGGAUCACGUGCGGAGAAGCUCAGUUCGCAAACAAACUAAAAGUUACGUGAAGACCAAGAGCCGUUACAGCAGCGGUGACAGCCAGUGGGCUCCCAGCGCCGUGACAUCCUGCGCCCCGGGAGCGAGCCCCCAGGCUGACAGGCCCCCGUAUUCAGGACCCCAGGACCUCGCCACGCUGCUGGAGCAGAUCGGCUGUCUCAAGUACUUGCAGGUGUUUGAGGAGCAGGAUGUGGACCUCCGCAUCUUCCUGACCCUCACCGAGAGCGACCUGAAGGAAAUCGGCAUCACGUUGUUUGGGCCCAAGAGGAAGAUGACGUCCGCCAUCGCCCGCUGGCACAGCAGCGCCCGCCCCCCCAGUGACGCCCUGGAGCUGGCCUACGCUGACAGGCUGGAGGCCGAGAUGCAGGAGCUUGCCAUCCAGCUGCACAAGCGCUGCGAGGAGGUGGAGGCCAUGCGGGGCCUGGUGUCCCAGGAGCAGGAGCUGCGGGCCGUGGUGGAGAGCUGCCUCUUGGAGCAGGACAGUGCCCGCAAGGAUGUGCAUGCACAGCUGCAGGAGACCUGGGCCCUUGCCCAGGAUGCCGCGCUUGUCCUGGACCAGCUGCGAGCCUGUCAGGCCGAGCUGUCAGCCCGAGUGAGGCGGGACGAGUUCCUGCGUGAGGCCCCCCUGUGCCCAGGCCUCCCUGCAGCAGACCCCAAAGGCUGGCAGGCCUCCUUGCAGGCCCUGAGCCUCCCGGAGCUGUCGGGAGCCCUGGAGGAGCGAGUCCAGGAGAUGGGGCGAGUCCUGUGCUCGGUGACGCAGAGCCUGGAGAAGCUGCAGGCGCUGAGCGGGAAAGAGAGCUGGCGGGAGCCGUAGCCGGGGGAUGUCUGCCUUUUCCCUUCUCAGAACCGGACGUGGGGUGACUGAUCCACCCUGAAGCUGUGUGCCCGAGGACAGGAGGGCAGCGAGCGGGCAGCUGCGGCGGCCAGAGGAGCAGCAGCAGGCGGGCAGGCCAGGGCCAGUGCAGGGCAGCGAGGCGGGACAGGGCCUCUUGUCAUCUUGUCAGACCCGGGCUGAAGCCCGGAGCCGGCAGGGCCGCGGCGAGCGUCCCCAUGCCACGCUGAGGUUUGCCCAGGUGGGGCGGCCUGAGGCCCCUAGGCAGCGUAGGUCAUUUGUGGGAAAAUAAAACUUACACUCCGGU